GCUUUUCCAUCUGUCAGGCUGAAGUCAGCCUUGUGGAACACAAGUCAGGGAACACAAAAUCAACCCACCAGGCACAGGGAAAAACAGAAAGGCAAAGAAAGAGAAAUUUCUUCAAACACAGGCUAUAUACUGCAACCUGCACCUAUUGUCCACUUGCCUAAUUUUUUACUUUGAGAGGGUUGAUUUUUAAAAUAAUAAUAAAAAAAAAUUCAGAUUCAUUUGGAAUCAAAUCAACAAUGAAAUUGAGUGUGGGGAUAUUUUUUGGAGGCUUCUUCGGGGCCCUGGGAGUUUUGCUCUUUUUGGUGGCCUUUGGGACAGAUUACUGGCUUCUUGCUACAGAAGUUGGAAGAUGUUCAGAAGGUCCAAACAAUACCACGGAGGAGAAGGUCACUUUCCACCAUGAAGGUUUCUUCUGGAGGUGCUGGUUUGUUGAUGUAGUAGAAGAGGACACUAACAAUAUUUGGAAAUUUUGGUACACCAACCAAUCGCCGUCUAAGAAUUGCACACAUGCCUAUCUUUCUCCAUUUCCUUUUAUUCGAGAUGAACACAACUCAACCUCCUAUGACUCUGCAAUCAUUUAUCGUGGUAUCUGGACUGUGCUCAUGCUCCUAGGGGUGAUCACUGUUCUGGUGGCCAGCUUCUUCAUCAUCUGUGCUGCUCCCUUUGCCAGCCAUAUUCUGUACAAAGCAGGAGGAGGCAUUUUCAUCACUGCAGGCAUCUUGUUUUCACUGGUGGUCGUGAUGUAUGUCAUCUGGGUCCAGGCAAUGGCUGAUCUGGAAAACUACACGAAUAUGAAAAAAAUUGAUUGCCCAGACUUUGUUGCUUAUGUGCACUAUGGCUGGUCUUUCAUACUGGCUCCUAUAGGAAUAUUUUUUGCUUUGUUUGCAGGAAUGCUCUUCCUAUUAGUAGGGCGUACUAUUCAAUUGCACUCUGACUUAUCACACAUCUAAUAAUGGGUAUACUGGGAUUGUGAUAAAAUUUUUAAACUGGAACACAAAUUAUGUACAUUAUUGCCACUACUACUAUAUAGCAUUUGUAGAGGCACUUCUAGAAUUGCUUAAGUUACUUGUUUAAUUGAAAUGUUCCUAUGGGACAUAAAACUCACUAUAGGAAAAAAAAUAACUUUCAUUCCUAUCCAAUUUCUUUAAGUUCUUUAAGUUCUACAUGGAAUGGUUCUUCACAUAACAUUAGAUCUCCAUGCAAACACAGGAGGGCAAAAAAACACCAACAUAAAAAUGGGUCAAAUCAGGAUUUUCUACGUUUGUCUUAGCCAUUUACUUUGUGCCACUGUCAAAAAAGUCCUUGUGGAGAAUGGUAAAGACAGAGGAAAACAAGUGUUCAGCAGAGUAAUUUAAUCCACCUCCUCUCCCCCUUUCCAAAACUUUCCUUUGCUUUAAUAUGAACAAACACUUCUGCACUUAAAAAUAGAGUACAAUUAUUCAUGCAGAAUCCAGAUGAACUGGGCAGUAGAGAAGAUGAUUCCAGUGAAUAAUGAUUUGAAGCUAGUAUCUAUAUGUAAUAGUUUAACUGUUAACAUGAUAUGUUUUACUGCUAUGUAAACAUUUGAAAGCUGUAUUCUUCUAUAUUCUGAAAUCUGUGUUCAUUUGUUGCAUGGUUCUGUAAGCCAAAAUAAUAUAGUUAAACUACUAACUAAAGGUAUGCCAAAAUUAUAUAAUAAAACAUACGGUGUAGAUUUUUUAUA